CUGAAGAACAACUUGAUAAUGAUAACAUUAAUUCUAAUACAAAAUGUCACAGAACUGUUACCUAUACGGAACUUGAUCUCACCCUCAAAGAGUUCGUGAAGGUACUUGCUAAUAGUUUAGAGAUUCUGCAAGAUGCACUAAAUUUUUCUCCCAGCUGGCUUUAUAAGUUCAAAAAUCAAAACGAUAUUCAUCUACGUAAGCUUCAAGAAGAAGCUACAUCUGCUGAUGUAGUG